CAUCUUUCUUCUUCUGCUGCACUAAUCAACCAAAUUCACCUCUUUUUUCUUCGAUUCCCACCCCAAUUUUUUCCCUCUCUUUCUCUUUGUCAAGAAAAAAAAAAUUCCCCAACCAAACCAUGUCUGUGUCUGGAGACAGACGAAAAGAAUCUGCCGAGGGCUCGUCGUCGCGAUCGCAGAUCGCGAUCGCGACGACAGCCGAUCAGCAGCAACAACAAGUAGUACCGGCUGCGGGUGCGGCCGCGGCCGCCGCCGCCGCUCCGCUAAGCCGGUACGAGUCUCAGAAGAGAAGAGACUGGAACACCUUUGGCCAGUACUUAAAGAACCAAAGCCCUCCGGUCUCUCUCCCCCAGUGCAACUGCAACCACGUCCUUGACUUCCUACGCUACCUCGACCAGUUCGGGAAGACCAAGGUUCACUUGCACGGAUGCGUGUUCUUCGGGCAGCCGGACCCACCUGCGCCGUGCACGUGUCCGCUGAGGCAGGCGUGGGGGAGCCUGGACGCGCUGAUCGGACGGCUGAGAGCGGCGUACGAAGAGCACGGUGGGUCGCCUGAGACGAACCCUUUCGGAAACGGAGCUAUUCGGGUUUACUUACGUGAAGUGAAGGAGUGUCAAGCUAAGGCGAGAGGUAUUCCUUACAAGAAGAAGAAGAAGAAAAGGAAUAGCAAUCAACUCAAGGCAAUCAGCUCUCACGAUCAUCAUCAUCAGGAUCAGCCAAAGAUUUUGAAGCAGUCUUCUUAGUAGUGAUUCUCAUCGUCGAUCUUCUCCGGGGAUCAAUAUAUAUGAUAAUUAGAUUUGUUUUCAGAUCAGCAAGCAGGGCAACUGGAUUGAUGAGGUCAAGGAGGAUAAGAAAGAUCUCAAAAAGUCACAUAGAUAUAUAUAUUUAUAUCUCAGUGCUUCAAAAUGUAUUUUCUCUUAGCUUAAUUUCUGGCAAAUAGUAUGUAGUUAUCUCAACAAUAUAUAUAUAUAUAUAUAGUUUUGAAUAAUUACUGUUAUAGAAAGCUAAAUCUCAUCAAAGGUUUGCAUUUUAAUAGCGGUACUUAUUUAUAAAGUGUAAGUUUUAGUUGAA